AUGUGCGGUCUCAGCUGGCUCUCGUCCGGGGAGAUUCCCUUCAACCAAUCGGCUUUAUUCUCCCAUGACGACGCCGACAUUGUGGGGGAACAGGCCAGUGGAGGUGCCGAGUAUGUGGACAGCUGGGACGAAAAGGAAGAGCCACCCAACGUCGUGCUGCCGAGAGGGUUUGAUGAGGCCAUCAGAAAGGGAGAACAACUGAUCAAAUUGCCUUCGCUGGCCGACGUGUAUUGCGUCUCCGGGUGGAUGUACAUGUGUUUCACACAAGUCUUCCUUUUAAUUGCUUGGAUUUAUAAAAUUAUUGCCUACGCAAGGGAUUAA